AUGAAAGAAGAAGAAGAUCGAGCAAGAAAACAAAUCUGCGUUUCGUCUACAAGGUCUCAACUCGUAACAGCAAACGCAAACGCAGCUCUAACUGGUCCUUCCGAGGUCGCGUUUAACGUUUGCUGCUUAUGCGUCUAUUGUCCUCUUUGCGUUCUUUGGUGCUGCAUCAAGCAGCCUUGUACAAUCGGAUGGCGAGCUAUUCUAAACGCUAGACGCCGAUUAAGCGGCUGUGGCGGUUGCGGUCGAAGCUAUAGCCGGAGGGUUAAGGCUGCCGAUUAUUCGUCGUUUUCUGAUAUUGAUUCCGACGACGUGAAUUGCAAAGCUCAUAAUUGCUCUAAACGAAACCGAUGA